GAGAGAGAGAGAGAGAGAGGUAGAAAUAGAAAGAGAAGGGUAUGCGGGUAACAAAGUAGUUGGUAAAGAGGAAGGAUAAGUCACAAGUCCCUGUCACAAGGCUCUUCCUGUCUUUCUAUGCUGUUUUAACCCACCACAUGGAGGUGAGCACCAGUGUUGUUCGGACAGUAGAGCUGAAUGAUGGCACACGCAUGCCCCUGCUGGGCUUGGGAACAUGGAAGUCAAGCAGUUCAGCAGCAGUGUGUCAAAGUGCGGUGGAAGCUGCCAUAGCUGCUGGUUACCGUCACAUAGACACAGCCUACAGCUACCGCAAUGAGGUCGAGAUCAGCAAGGCCCUCCGCUCCAAGAUGCAGCAAGGCAUCAUCCAACGACAAGACAUGUACGUCGUCAGUAAGUUGUGGAAUACACACCAUGCGACCCAUGACAUCCCAUUGUGUCUAAACAAGUCCCUGAGUGACCUGCAGCUGGACUAUCUGGACCUGUAUCUGAUGCACUUCCCUGUAGGACUGAAGAAAGUGGAUGAUGAGCUCUUCCCUAUGAGAGAUGGAGAAAUGCUCACCACUGACAUUGACUAUGUGGACGUGUGGAAGGGGAUGGAGGCCUUGCAGGCCUCAGGGAAAGUGAAGAGCAUUGGCGUGUCCAACUUCAACGUCCUCCAGCUGGAGAGACUGCUCUCUGUGGCCAAGGUUCCCCCUGCAGUCAACCAGGUGGAGCUGCAUCCCUACCUGGUCCAGUCUGACCUGGUGGAGUUCUGCAAGUCUCGCAACAUCACCCUCACUGCCUACAGCCCCUUAGGUUCCCCUGGAAGACCCAAAGAAUUUCACUGUGGAGACACUGAUCCUGAGAAGCUGCUGGAAGACCCUGUGGUAGGAGACGUGGCUAAGAAGCACCGACGGAGCCCUGCUCAGGUACUGCUGAGGUACCAUGUGCAGCAGGGUAUUGCAGUGAUCCCCAAAAGUGUGAAACCCAAUCACAUUCUGGAAAACACUAAGAUCUUUGACUUCUCUCUGACUGAGGAGGACAUGUCGGCACUGAGAGGACUGAAUAGAGGCUGGAAGAGCUGCAUCAUCGACUCCUUGAAGUCUCAUCCAUACUACCCCUUUGAAUGAGAGUCCCUGGGGAUCAGAGACAAGAGACAGAGAAGUCACUUGGGAGAAUAAGAUAACUGUUUCUCAACCUGAAAAUAAGGCCAGAUUACUAUCCACCUCCUCAACAUUGGCCUGCAAAUGGUCUUCAAUCAGUGUUUAUUGUUUACCUAUAAUGUGAAAUUGUGAUGAUAAAUAGAAAUGUGGCGCUGAAGGUAUGGAUGGAUGCUAUAGUUUUUUGUUGACAUGAUUUGAAUAGAUAUACAGUAUGCCCUCUGUGCCAACACUGUGCCCUGUCUGCCUGAUUCUGAAGGGAUGCCAUAUUUUUUCUUAUCAUCAUAACUCAAACAAAACGUUUAGUUUAAAACACAUAUACUGAACCAAAAUAUAAACACAAAGUGGCAGCAGGUAGCCUAGUGGCUCGAAUCCCCGAGCUGACAAGGUAAAAAUCUGUUGUUCUGCCCCUGAACAAGGCAAUUAACCCACUGUUCCUAGGCCGUCAUCGAAAAUAAGAAUUUGUUCUUAACUGACUUGCCUAGUUAAAUAAAGGUUAAAUAAUUUUAAAAAA